GGCUGAUCCUCUCCCAGAGGACAGACAUGGCUGAGUUUUCUAACUGAGAUCAUUUUACAGCCUUGCUUCAUUUCACCACUCUCCUCAAUAAAUAAGAACAGUCUAUAUGCUUUUAAAGGCAGUUUGUCACGUGCAGGGUUGCAGGCCCCUCCCCGUGAACUUUGGAAAGUCUGUCGUCCUUCAUCGUUCUGUUUUCUAAACACUCUGGUAUUCCCUCCACAUCUCAGCCAGACAGAACAUCCUAGAAAUAUGUUUGAGGCCUGGAUCGUAUUGUUUCUUCCCCUGUUAGCUGCAGGGGCGAGGGGCUUCAUGGUCCACAACAUGCAGCGCAGCCUGUGUCUGGAGGAGACCCCCGCCACAGGGGAGGUCCUGCUAAAGAGCUGCAGCCUGGACUCAGAGUCUCAGCAGUGGGCCUGGGUGGACCAGGGCCUGCUGAUGUGUGUCCCAUCAUCCAGGUGUCUGUCGGCCCUGCAGAGGGAGCCCGUCCACACGGGGCCCUGCUGGGGGCCGGGGGUGGAUGUGAGGGGGUUAAUGUGGGACUGUGACAGGGGCAGGUUGAUCAGCAGGAACUCCUCCAUGCUGCUGUCAGUGGAUGGCGGGCGUCUGACUCUCGCACAUGACAGCAAACACUCAAAGUGGAAAUCUCUGGAUGAGGGGGACAUCUGCCACGAAAGACUCAGAUCCAAGAGGGCUUCUAAACAUCCAGAAGAGUUUGAGUUAGCGUCAGCGGAGCAGAGCAGCGACAUGACGGAGGAACAGAGAGCAUACCUGCGCUGGUUCUAUCGCACAGAGGACCCAACCAUAUGGACGUUUGUGCUGCUGGGACUGGCCUUCGUCUGCCUUCUUGUUGGGUUUCUGCUGCUGGGAAUGGGGGCCAUGGCCAACAAGAGCCGUAGGAAGAUUGCGAAGUACAAGGCAGCAGCUGCUGGGACUCAGAGGAGCGAGGAGCUGGAGACCAUCGUCCCCCUCAGAGAGGACCAGCCCCCCCCACCCAACGGGGAGGUGAGCGAGCUCAAAGCAGGGCACAUCAUGGUCACAUGGAAAGACGGGAACAUCUCCUCCUUGUACUCUGAUCCUGUAGCAGAGCAGGAGAAACAGGAAGUGGAUCAGGAGGAGAAACAGGAAGUGGAUCAGGAGGAGAAACAGGAAGUGGAUCAGGAGGAGAAACAGGAAGUGGAUCAGGAGGAGAAACAGGAAGUGGAUCAGGAGGAGAAACAGGAAGUGGAUCAGGAGGAGAAACAGGAAGAGGAUCAGGAGGAGAAACAAGAAGUGGAUCAGGAGGAGAAACAAGAAGUGGAUCAGGAGGAGAAACAAGAAGUGUCAGCUGCUGAGGCAGUGAUGACGAUCCAAAAGCAGGUGUGAGACAGUGUGAGACAGAUUACCAUGCUGCUCAGGAGAGUUAAUAAAGACAGCUUUCAUCAUGCUAACUUUAACAGACCUCUAAUACUCUGAAGUUAAAGCAAUACUAAGAUAAUAUAAUAUUUUAUGUAUCAUUUUCUAUACAUCAUAUAUUAUAUGUUUCCAUCUAAUAAAACUCAUAAAGCAGCAAA